CUCACCGACCCAAACAAGUACUUAGGUACCAUAGAUUUGCCAACACUGUCUUCAUCUCAAUCUCAAACAAACCGAACACUCACCCUCCUUCUAUCACAUUCCAUUUAUUAAAUAAAGCAUCUUUUCAACAUAAUUCAGAUACCCUUUAUAGCAAUGGAUGUGUUAGAACCCUGGUAUUUCUCUAAGGCUGAGAAACAAUAACUAUUUACAGCAAGAAGUUGAGGACAGUGUGUGUGUGGUUUCAAUCAAUGGCGGUGGAGUACAAGUGCUGUGAAACUCAGUUUUUCAUACGCUUAUUGAUAAUCGUGCUGCUUGUGCUGUUCGCUGGAUUGAUGUCAGGGCUCACUUUAGGCCUCAUGUCCUUAAGUCUUGUUGAUCUUGAGGUUCUUGCUAAGUCUGGUACCCCUCAGGAUCGCAAGCAUGCUGAGAAGAUAUUGCCUGUUGUCAAAAAUCAACAUUUAUUGCUUUGCACCCUCCUAAUUUGCAAUGCUGCAGCCAUGGAGGCACUUCCAAUCUUUCUUGAUAGUCUUGUUGUUGCAUGGGGUGCUAUCCUGAUUUCCGUGACAUUGAUUCUUCUGUUUGGUGAGAUUAUACCUCAAUCAGUUUGUUCUCGGUAUGGUUUAGCAAUUGGUGCAACAGUGGCUCCUGUUGUCCGUGUUCUUGUAUGGAUAUGUUUUCCUGUUGCUUAUCCAAUUAGCAAGUUGUUGGACAUUUUGUUGGGGCAUCGACAUGAAGCCCUUUUUCGCAGAGCUGAGUUGAAAACACUUGUAAAUUUGCAUGGUAAUGAGGCUGGAAAAGGUGGGGAACUAACACAUGAUGAAACAACAAUCAUUGCUGGAGCACUUGAGCUCUCUGAGAAGACAGCUGGUGAUGCCAUGACUCCCAUAACUGAAAUAUUUUCUAUUGAUAUCAAUUCAAAGCUUAAUAGGGAUCUAAUGAAUCUAAUAUUGGAGAAAGGGCAUAGCAGAGUCCCUGUCUAUUAUGAGCAGCCUACAAAUAUUAUUGGACUUAUCUUGGUCAAGAAUUUAUUGACAAUUGACCCGGAAGAUGAAGUACCCGUGAAAAGUGUGACCAUACGCAGAAUUCCAAGCGUUCCGGAAACAAUGCCAUUGUAUGAUAUUUUGAAUGAGUUCCAGAAGGGUCAUAGUCACAUGGCUGUUGUUGUUAGACAUAGUGACAAGACACGGCAACAGUCUUCCAACAAUAAUGCUGGCGACUCAGUGAGAGAUGUGAAGGUGGAUAUUGAUCGGGAGAAGACUCCUCAAGAGAAUAUUUUGAAAACUAAGAGGUCAUUCCACAAAUGGAAAAGUUUUCCAAACACAAAUAAUCCAGCAAGGAGUGGUUCUAAGAGCAGAAAAUGGUCAAAACAUAUGUACUCAGAUAUUUUGGAAAUUGAUGAAAAUUCAUUUCCAAAGCUGCCCGAAAAAGAAGAAGCUGUUGGAAUAAUUACAAUGGAAGAUGUUAUUGAAGAGCUUUUACAGGAGGAGAUCUUUGAUGAGACUGAUCAUCAUUAUGAAGACUCAUGACAAUCAUCUUUCCAUAAGACACAUACUUAGACUCAUAGAUGAUUUGAUUAGAUAAUCAGAACAGCUGUUUGGAAAUCUAGAAUGGUAUUGGAACGUUACAAGCAAUUAUCUUGUGAAAAGUUAGUGAUGGAAAAUUGUUAAUAUGUUCACAUCAUUGUUUUUCCUUUUUUUGUGAAGUAUAUCAACGUUAAGUUUUUGUUGCAACUUGCAAGGUAAUGGAUCAUUUUCAUGGCAGCAAUAGAGUAUGUAUGAACCGAAAGGGAAUUG